AUGUAUUUCAGAGCACACCUGCUCGCCACGCUUUCAGCGCUGGAGAUUGUCGUGGCAACCCCUGUUGCCUUACCCCAAAGCAAUGGAGGCGGCGCCGACUCCUGUCGCUCUGAGCCGUUGACCGAGGAGACUUGGACCACACUUAAAGUCGAUGAUUUUCUCCAGUCCGCGGGGUCGAAUCUCACCACGAACAAUCUAACCAAGCAAUCUAGGUAUGCCCUGGUCGCCAUCCAGAACUAUAACAGCUACAUGAACUCUCUCAACACCGCCGUCUCGUUCGCCGCUAGCAUCAUGGCCUUGGAGAUGCCUGCCGUUAUCAACGACAUCUGGCCCUCGCCUGAGGACAACGCCACCCCUCUCAAAGAAGUGUAUUCCAUGAUCACGCUUGGCCUCAGCGUCGUCCCAUUCACAGGCGCAAUGGCUAAAGCAGCUGCUGUUCCCAAAGGCGUUGUCAGCUUCCUCUCCGGCCAGGUAAAGCCACCCGUCCCACCGAAUCUAUUUGUCAAAUGGAGUGAUCUUGGCGUGAGCAUCUCCAGUGCCGUCAAAGACUACCAAUCCGCCAUCUCCACGUCUCUCAAGAGUACCCUUAAUUCCGAGAUUCACAAUGAAACCACUGGUAUCAAUUCCGUGUUGGCCGGCGGUGGAUUCUUGGGUAUCGCCCAAAACUUCACACAAGCAGACAUGCAGGCGAACAUUGCCGACAGCAUGAAGCUUCGUUCUAUCGCGCUCGCACUGCAAGGACGAAAGGCCUUCAUCUACCGGGGCUACCAGGGCUGUUUCAACUCAAACAAUGACGCCUCCAAGUUCUGCGCCACGGUGGAUGGUAAAGAGGUCCAAUACGCUCUGCGGAUGGGCGAUGAUGAACAAAUAGAUAUCGCCGCCAAGCUUAUCGACAAGUAUGGGAUCUCUAAGGAAACAUUCCUGCAGGGUCCGUCAACUUGCUUUGAAGAACACAAAGUGCAGUUGUUCACACCAGAAUUUUUGCCUGUUGAUCCCAAGGCCCCCUGCAUCUUCAACCUCCCAGUGUGCACCUUCGACCCUGAUACUUUCCCUGGACGAACUAUUGUGGAAAACUGCAGACUACAGGGGCUUGACGUGUAA